GUGACACAGGGUUUCCCUAGUGCGGGGCUAUGUUGAGUGUGUGCGUUAUUUAUUAUUUAUUAUUAUUAUUAACUCAUUUGAUUUAUGAGGAGAUGGCUACAUGCCUCACUCAAAUAGAACUGUACUAAAUUCUCGUCCCCUCACCUCUCUUUCCACUGAUCUCUUAGAUUUUUCCGCUCUCACUCCUGCCCACUUUUUAAUUGGACGUUCGCUUAUGUCCGUUCCUCAGCCGCAGGUUCCUGAUACGAACAUCAACCGCAUUGAGAGAUUCAGACGAAUUGAGCUGCUGAAACAACACUUUUGGAAGCGCUUUUCCUUGGAGUACGUUACAUUGCUUCAAGAAAAGACGAAAUGGCGAACUUCAACUAAGAAGCUGAAACUUGGCUCUCUUGUUCUCGUCAAAGAAAAGGCGUUGCCACCACUGCUGUGGUGUUUAGGACGAGUCACUCAGCUCUACACUGGCAGCGAUGGAGUGACUAGAGUCGCGGAGUUAAAAACUAAGAGAGGCACAAUACAUAGAGCCUUUAAUAAUAUUUGCCCUCUUCCAGUUCUUUAAAGUCUUCACACUUCAACCCGGGGAGCAUGUUGCGAACCGGUCUUAUACCCGCUCGGCACGAGACGCGGGGGAGGACGACACGGCGAGCGGCAGCGGCGCAGGGGCACUCGCCUUAUCGACAGCCACCGGCGACGGUCGAGCCCUAUUCAUUUAUUAUAAACGAGUACACAUAUGAUUGAGACGGCGAAUAUACCAGUCCUAUUGUAAUACAGUC